AUGUCCACCAACGUACAGCGAGAGUCCGAUAUGGAGCCCAACGGUCUGAAGAGAAGCCACGGCGACUUCUCGAGCGACCAAGUCACGAUGGACCACCGCGGCCUUGCCGCUGGCGUCAAGCAGCAGGCCAUAGAAGCUGUCGUCCAGCCAGCCAGAGCUGUCUCCCCCGCCCCUCAGAUGCGCGACCGCAUGUCGCCGCUGAGCAGCCCAGGCUCUCUGUCCGACCUGGGCACCGUCACGCCACCUCGCAACUCGCCAUCCCCCAAUCCCACACCCACCAAAAUCCCAUUCUCACUGAAGCCGAUACCCGACGCCAAACUCUCCUCAUCAGAUUCUUCCGCCUCGAAUCCCACGCCUUCCGCUACCCAGUCCGCCAAACGGAAGCGCCGCACCGCUGCCGAGAAGGAGGCCGAAGAAAAGGAAAAGGCUCAGAAGAAGAAGGAGCGCGAGGAGAAGAAGGAGGCCAGACAAGCCGAAAAGGCCAAGGCGGAUGCCGAGAAGCAGGCCAAGCUGGAUGAAAAGCGCCGCAAGAAGGAGGAGGAAGAACGCAAGAUCCAGGAGGACAAGGAGAAGAAGGAGCGUGCUCAGCCGAAGCUCUUAUCCUUUUUCAAGCCACCUGCCACGCCCAAGAAGGAACCGGCAGCAGCCAAAGUCAAAUCGGAGAGCCCUGGCAAAGCCGCUGCCACGUCAGACUCGGCAGCACCGGUGGUCAAGAAGGAGGAAAAGUCCCAGUACGAGAAGUUGUUCAAGCCCUUCUAUGUUCACAGCACGGUCCGCCUGGCCAAAAAUCCCUUCGAGAUGGACCACGAGGCGCACGAGGCCAAGACCAAAAUCUUGGAAGAGUACUUCAACGGCAAGCGGGAGCCGGCCCAAGUGGGCAAGUUCGACCCCGUUGACGUCUUCCAGCUUCCCUGCCGCCCCGCAGCGCGUGGCAGAAUUUACCCACCCGUUCGUUAUACCAUGGAGAAGAUGAUGAAGCUUACACAGCACGCCCAGGGCGCCAGCGAGGAGGACAAGAAGGCGGCUAUGAAGGAGGCCACGGAUGCGCUGAGACGCAUUCCCAUCAAGCACCUCAAAUUCUACCAGGACGUGCGUCCUGCCUACAGGGGCACCGUUACUCUAAGACCUUACCAAGCAGGCAAAUCCGGCAUGCGACGGCUCGCCCGGAAGCCGACACUCCGCGACCAGCUGCCCCUCAACUACGAACACGACUCGGAAGCCGAAUGGGAGAGCGAAGGCGAGGACGUCGACAUCGAUGACGAAGACGACGAGGACCUCGACGACGGCGACGGCGACAUGGACGGAUUCCUCGACGACUCGGACGACAACGGCCCCGCCCGGUUCGUGAGCGCCAACGGCCUCGAACCCGAAAGCACAGGGCUAUGCUGGGAGGACCGGAAACGCAUGGGCCCCAAUCGCACCGUGUACGAACACAGGAUGGAGUUCAUUCUGGAAACCCUCGACCACCAUUCCGGAAUUGACCCCUUCUCCGCCAAGUACUGGGAGCCCGAGCUCAAGCCCAAGUCCAAGCCCAAAUCGGCCGGCCAGCCGCCCAAGGACAAAGCCGCGGCAGAGUUGCUGAAGCCGUCUGACGCUUUCAAAGCCAUCGGCAGCUCCAAGGUCGGCGGCAGCGGUGUGCAGUCACUGCCGAAGAAGAUGCUGGAGAACAACAACCUCGAGGAGCUCAAGAAGGUCAUUGAGGCGAAUCCAAAGAUCGCCAAGGGUGGACUGAUUGAUCUCUCAUACGUCGCGCUCGCCCACGCCAAGAUCUCGCGCAACGACAUCAAGGAGGCCAUCGCAGCGGUCGCGGAGAAGGUCGGCGGUAAAGGGCAUGCCGGCUCCUGGACGAUCAAGCCCGGCUUCGAUGCCUUGUAG